CGCCAGCAGCCCAGACUGGCGGAAGUGGACGGGGAAGGGAAAGGGGGUGUGCCAACUGUCUGUUUUUCCGAGUGGACAAUAAAGUUUCGGAAGUUUGAAAAAGGAAGAGAAAAAAUCCCCACGCCCCUUAGGCUUCCCGGGCUUGGACGCCUGCGGCCGGGCUCAGACGGAGCUCUAGCGGUAGUGUGCUGGCGGAGGCGUGGUCGGCGCGCCGGGAUGGGGGUCACCGUGGACGUGCACGAGGUGUUCAAGUACCCCUUCGAGCAGGUGGUCGCCAGCUUCCUUCGAAAGUAUCCAAACCCCAUGGAUAAAAAUGUCAUCUCCGUAAAAAUUGUGGAGGAAAGAAAAGAUGUGUCAACAGGGAUCAUCUAUAGAAAGAGGAUUGCAGUCUGUCAGAAUGUGGUUCCAGAAAUUUUAAGGAAGGUGAACAUUUUAAAGGUACCUAAUAUCCAGUUAGAAGAGGAAUCAUGGUUCAAUCCUCAGGAAAGGAACAUGGCUAUAAGGAGUCACUGCCUUACAUGGACACAAUAUGCAUCCAUGAAAGAAGAGUCUGUCUUCAGGGAAAGUAUGGAAAAUCCAAAUUGGACAGAGUUCAUUCAGAAAGGCAGGAUUUCAAUCACAGGGGCUGGUUUUCUCAACUGCGUUUUGGAGUCUUUUGCUAGUGCAUUUUUAAGACAGGGUGUCCAGAAGGGAAUUAGAAUAAUGGAGAUGCUGCUAGAGGAACAGUGUGGUGCCCCCUUAGCCGAAUAAAGAAUCACCAGGAAGCCGUGUUGUGUCAACUUCUGCUCGAGAAUCUUUCCUUGGACACAACACAUCCAAAGACACAGGUUUAUAGAUACAGGUUUAAGGAUGUGGUGUUGGCAGCUUACAGAAGAGGAGACUUUCCUGCUGGCACUUGACGUGAUCCAUGCCCCUGGGAGUCAGCCCCAGAGAGAGGCUCUUGUGGGGCUGACAUCUUCUGGCUGAUUCUUAUGGCGCAAGCUCUGCAAUUUUACAAAUAAAGAAAAAAUCCCGGAGAAGGUGAUGUCCAAAGAAAAAAUCCUGGAGAAGCUGAUGUCCGUCCUUCAUCAGGACAUCCUGCUGAUUGCCUGGUGAUGGUGUCAGGGCAGCAAGGGAUGGGCCAGAGGCCUGGAAAAUCAUGUGUGUUUCUGCUUGUUCUCUGCAUCAUGGCUCAUAGAAUUCACAAGAGGAUGCUGAGGCAAAUAAAGGAGUUAAACCCGAUACCUGACUCUUAGGUGGCCUGAAACAGAAAGAAAUACACCAGACCUGUGUUGAAGUUAAGCCACAGUCAUAGUAAUGUUGAAGAGUCUCAGAAGUCAGGAGCACUUGAUUUUCUCUACCCAGCAAUACAACGUACCUGCCACCAGCAUAGCUUUUAUAAUGUGAACUGUGAUUGGUCCUUAACACAACCUGGAGCGGGCAGGGGGGCUGUGGGCUGUCAUCUUGGCUCCUUCUAACUCAUUCUGGGAUGUGGAGCAGAUCACGUGACCUCUUGGUUCUUUUCACUGGGCAAAUAGGGAUAAUCGGGCACAGAUCUUUCUACUCGUGAUGAUUAAACCAGGGUGUUUGGUGUAAAAAGCGCAGGUCUGGGAGCCAAACAGACAGAGCCGAGUUUGAACGUAUGUGCGGCUCCCAGCAGCUCCAUGAUCAUGUAUGUAGUUUAAAGUCUUUCUGAUACUCAUUUUUAAAAUUGUAAAAUGGGGUUAUAGAGUUAACCUUACGAGGUUGUAACAAUUGGACAACAUGUGAUUAAGUGCCUAGCAUGCUUUUGGUACACAGAAGUAAAUAGAAGCCAUUAUUAUUAUUAUGUGAUACUGUUUUGGAAAUAUGCUCUUCCAGUGUAAUGUAAUGUAGUAUUACUCUUUGAAAAUUAGAUGAUGGUAGUUUGCAUUUCCUAUGAUCAGAAGCCGAAAUGUUAGUAUGCACUACCUAAACGAAAGCUUGAAGAGAGGCAAUAAUUUGCAAUUCAUUUGAAGAUAAAAAUUGGGCCAUUUCUGAAAAGUCUUGGGCAAAUCAUUUUUUAAAAAAAUAUUAAAAAAUUUUCCAUUUAGUGCACUGAUGAAUUUCAGAGGAAUUGUAUUUUUCUUUCUUCUUCUUUUUUAAAUACAAGCCAGCCACUGUGAGCUCCUCUUAUGGUAUUUGAGCUGUUUGUGCUGCCUGAGUUUUGUAUCUCAGGAAAAUUUCCCUUCAUUUCCUUAGUGUUUCAUCCUUUGGUUGGGUUGAGAGGGAAAAUGAAUGGUGGAAAUCUGAACAUGCUUUGACCUCCUUUUCCAGUUUGUAAAUGUAGGUUUUUGGAAUAAUGGCACAUUUCCAAAAGUAAAAGGUAAUGUGAGUUAUCAUGGAGGUGAGAGGUGGGAAACCAGUAUUUGGAAGUUGAUGUUAGAAUAAUCAUUACUUUGGGAGUUCCCUAGUGGCCUGGUGGUUAGGGUUCCAUGCCUUGACUGCCAUGGCUUGGGUUCAGGCCCUGGUCAGGGAACUGAGGUCCUGCAAGCUGCACCGUUUGGCCAGGGAAAAAAAAAAAAAAAGAAUAAAUCUAACCCUUCACAUUCAACAACUUGCAUUCCCUGAAGGCAGGAGUUCUCAACCUUGGCUGUCCAUUAGAACCACAUGGGAGCUUUCUGCAAUCCUAUUGCGGGGGUUUCAUCCCAGACCAAUAAGUCAGAGUCUCCAGGGUAGAUCCUAAACAUCAGCUUUUUUUUUUUUUUAAUAAAGCUCCCUAGGUGGUUCCAAUGAACAGCUAAGGACACGAACUCUAUAGGGAUUUCUAGAUGAUUUGCAGGUAUUAUCUGAUUCCUUUUUUAACACCUCCAAGGUAGGAAAGCAUCUUUGUAGCAGGAAUUACUGUUAGAGUAAAGCACAGAGAGACUGACUUUUGGGCUUAAUUCCUUAAAGCUGGGGCAGCUGAUGCAAAUGCCUGCAGGGUCUGGCAAGUGAUCUGGUGCAUGAAGCAGGCUGGUGGACCCUAGGGAGACCCCAGGAAUAUGUGGUUUGCCAAAGGUGGGUGGCAGCCACCCAGCUCAGCACAGUGCUGCCAAGUGGCUGGUUUUUCUUGUUCUUCCAAUUUCCAGGGAAAGCAUAAAAUUAAAAAAAAAAAAAAAACAACAAACUUCCAAUUUUUAUGUAUUGGCAACGAAUUCAGAAUUGUUUAAAACAUUGUGCCAGCCAAACAAAACAUGUUUGCUGGUAGUUUCCAGCCUUUGCUUCAGAAGUGUUAAGGACCAGCUUAAACAUCUCAGCCAAUUUUUGAGAGAUUUGCAUUUCCUGAUUCUGGAUGUAAGCUGCUCUCUACCUCUCCUCCAAGACUGCUUUCACAUGUAUUUUCCUCCCCUUUCCCGAGCAGUCCUCUGAACUCACAUCAGACAUUUUUCUUCACUAUUUUUUUCUCUGUGGGCAUCCAUUACUUCAAGCUUACAUAUAUGGCUUAGAAAUCUUAUGCUCUUUUUAAAAUUAAUUAGGGAUUGUUAAUUUUUUAAAAAUUAUAUGUCAGAACCCUUUUCCUGUGAUACAACAUUUAGAAGUCCACAUCUAACCUGACUGUCUAUUAAAUGUCAAAACCAGGAGUAUAGCCUUGUGGGCACAUUAGGAACAUGAGUGGGCAGGGUUAACUCCCAGACCUGGCCAGUCUGCUCCUGGCCUGGUUGCUGAACCUCCAAGUGAAGGUGAGGCUGGAUCAGAGUGAUUCUCAGGCUUCCGCUUGUGCCAGAAAUCCUUGAGGAGGUGGGCUCAACAGCAGGUUCUGAGGGUCUGCCCCAGUGAUUCAUGAAAUUUCAACUGGGACUCGGGGAUCUGCAUUUUAAAACAAGUUCACCAAGAGAUUUGGUUGUGCUGUUCCACAGACCAGAUUUUGAGAAACAGUGAUAAAGGGGAAGUGUUUGUGGCUUGUGUGUCUAUCAUGUAAGAAGGCUUUAUAGUCGAUUGGGCCCACUGAUUUAUACAGGUGAUCACUCAGGACACAGUGUCAAGCUCUCACGCACAGAGAGGCUGACUUAGGCUAUCCCUACAUGAUUGAGGUGCUUUCACCAAGAGUGAGCUUUUGUGGUUUCAGGUUUUAUGUGGAUACAAAAGGUGCUAUAUUCUUUUGAUAUAAAUUGCUUUGUGUAUUUUAUAAGCAGUAUUGUGUAGUAAUAUCUUAUUUAUCAGACAUCAUGGGCACAUGGUAUAGCCGACUCAAGGUUAUCCUUUGUUUUUUAUUGACUAUGAUUGCUUUACAAUGUUGGGUGAGUUUCUGCUGUACAGCAUUGUGAGUCAGCCGUAUGUAUGCGUAUAUCCCCUCCCUCUGAGCCGCCCUCCCAUCCCACCCCUUUAGGGCGUCACAGCACUUAGUUGAGCUCCUUGUGUGUAGCACUUCCAGCUGGCUGGCUGUUUCACAUGUGGUAGUGUUUAUAUGUCAAUGCCACUCUCUCAGUAAGGUUAUUCUUUUAAGUCGCACAUCUUUUUUGCUCUAAUUCAGCCAUUUACGUGGAACUCUUAAUUUAGUAUCGAUUUCCCUGCUUUUGUAAACAGACUCUGUUGAAGAUAGGAAUUUCACUUCUGGGUGGUCAUUUAUGUUUUGACUUCUUUCAGGUUCUGUUCAGGUUUGUUAAAACCCCCCUGCUGAACAGCUCUGCUCCUUGAGUUUUACCACCGUUUUCCAAGUUUCUUCUUUUCUGUCAGUGUUCCCUGUCAUGUCUCGCUGCCUUAACUCUGCGUAUCUCUAUGAACUUCCUUGUCCAUUGCUACCUGGGGUUGGCUAAUGCUGUUAAUUUGCAUACUGUGUCAAGUAACAGUAAACAGGAGCCAAGCAAGUCUUUGGGAGGCGUUUCUAACAGUGAAGUGGAUCAGUGCUGCUAUGUUAUUUUAGUGGUUCUGCUACUUCCUCUGACUUACUUCCUGAUCCUCAACUGCAGUUGUCGAUCUGUGACCAUAAGAUAACUGAAAUAUUGGUACCAAUAUCCUUAGAUCUGUACUCUGUUGUCUCCCCAACUGUGUUAGUGUUCUUAGAUAUACAGUUUUAUAAUGUUAAACGUAAGUAGAUUACAAAUGAACUUUUCUGUGCCAACUGUCUGUUUGGGAUAAAGUGUUUUUGAUUCAGUGUUACUGUGAUUUAGAGCUACAAAUUAGUUGUAUCCCUUUGAAAUUUGAUCCUGUCGUCCUCCUGAAAUAAAGGUGUCACAACUAAUA